GGCCAAUUUGCCACCGAACACUUGCUCAAUUGCUGAACGACCAUGGCAGCCAACACCAUCGCAUGGGGAGAAACGCGCGCCCCGAUCCAUCGCGGCGAGAAGCUCCUGACGCCUGGGUACGCGACGGAUCUCGAGCUCAAGAUCCCCGCCACCAUCGAGGGCCCGAAGCGCACCGAGAAGAGCUGGGGGCGGAUUUGGCUUACUGACCAACGCAUCAUCUUCAUCGCGCUCAAGCGGCCCGGCGGCGAGGACUUGAAUGCGCCACACCGCGAGCCCGGCGCACCGGAGCUGCACUCGCUCAUCAUCCCCUAUGACACGAUCAAGGAUACGUCGUUCCACCUCCCCAUCUUCAGUGCCAACCACCAGCUGAUCGAGUUUUUGCCUGAUCCCACACAUCCCAGUCCGAACCUUCCAAAUCCCGGCAACGACUCUGCCCUCGUGUGCAAACUCAUCUUGUCGGAUGGGCUGGGACACAACAUGUACAAGCGCAUUGAGAAGGAGCGUGAGGCCUGGCUCAAGCGCCUGCGUGAGGGGGAGACGCUUCCGGCAUACACUCCAGCAGCACCAGGCGAGGCGCCUCCUCCGCCUCUAUCCACCGACUGAACGCUAUGGCGACCGACUAGAACCCCGUCGACCAACUAGACCUCCCUAGAUUAGAAGUACAAGUACUGCAUACAUACAUACAUAGUCUGAUAGAGCUACCCCGUGCGGCGUGGGUACCACCACGCACCAUCUCUCCCCUUGACAACUCGCACAUACUUCGCCACGAGCUUGUCUCGCGCCUUGCUAUCGCCUUCGGGGUAAAGUCCGCGCAUGAAGGGAAUCAUCUCGUCAGGCCUCCAUCGCGGGCGCGCAAGGAAGAGGUCGGCGAAGCGCGUCGGCGCAUGAGCGCUCAGCGUGUGCACGGGGAAGUACUCGACAAGCUGCCCCUUCGCAGUGGCCGCUGGCGGAGGGUCGCGGAGGAGAUACGAGCCAGUGAGGAGGUCCAUGGCGACAUGGCCCUCGAAUGCACCGGCUUGGAUGCGCCAGUCGGCAAGUAGACUGUCCAAGGG